AUGGGCCAGAGACAUCAGGCUUUCGUCAUUGCCCGAGUGCGUUCGUGCAGUCCUCGGAAUGAAUUGCCCAAGUACCGCUGCAUCGCCGCUUACCACAACCAAUGGUGCUACGGUCGUCUGCCGCUGCGCGCCACACAUCGUUUCCUGACGCUGGUGAAGCAGAAGGAAAACGCAGAGAUCGUGCGCGCGGAAAUCCGCACCCUGAACCAGGGUGCCGGUGAAGGCCUGCAGUUCCCUGCAGUUCCGUGUCCGUUUACGGCCUUCCUCCUGGGUGCUAGUUGGGACGUCGACCUCGCCAAGGGAUACGAUGCGUAUUUCAGUGGUGUCACAUUCAUGCACAACCUCCUGUCCGCCGAGAUGGGAUGUUGGGACAACGACAACGACGACGGGAUCUCCGUGAUCGAUGUCACGGAUCCGGAGCACCCUGCGUAUUGCUUUGUCAACCUAGACUCAGAGUCGAACGGACCGCUGUCGGCGGAGCAGUACGUGCGGAUAUACUACGCGGUACCCAAAAGUAUGGAGAGUGAGAAGGACAGGCUUCUCGAAGAGGACAUUCUCGCCAAGAUAGCGCUCUUGGAUGGCGAGAACAUGGUCACACUGGAAAUGCUAGCCGAGGCAUGGCCAGACGAGUUCGGGAACGAUCUGAAGAAGAAAAAGUCUGCGCUGUUCACCGAGAACGACGCCAUUAUACCCUCACUCGCUACGAUGUCGCUAGCGCCCGCCGUGGAUCAUGCGAUUAAAAUCGGUGACACCAGCGGACUAGAGACGAUGCUCUGGCUGCCGGGCAAGAUAGCUACCGACAUGAAAGCUCUACUCCAAGAGAAAUCCCCCUUUCCAGACGCAGCCGUGUCUCUCUUGGUGAAGGUUCUCGAGGGGCUGCAGGAAACAGUGUCUGUUGAUCUUACUGACUUCGACCUUUCUCAUGAGCAGAUUGUCCGGAUGGUCUCGCAGCUUGAGAGACUGGAGUCUCUCAAUCUCUCAUUCAAUCCUCGAGUAACCGCUGACACCAUUCGGGAGAUUCUGAGUGCUGUCCCUGGGCUGAAGCGCCUCGUUCUCAUGGGCUGCCCGGCCGUCGAGGACGACGAUCUCUACAAGCUCAUGCGCUCGCAACCGAAGCUAUUCUACCGUGUGGAGGCACUCAUGCACCCUUCCGUCCUUACCCUCCAAGAGCCGCCUCCAUACCCGAUCACUUUUUCCUUCAUGACGAACCACACACAUACAAUGCCCAUGAUCCGCGGGUGCUCCCUCCCGCUCUUCACUCCCGCGGGGGUCGUGAACGCACUCACGGACGUCCUCCGCAGCGGCCUGAGCUACGAUGACAGUGGUUUCGGCCUGUACGGCGCAACCGCGUUCCAGGCCGCCGCAACUGGACGCCCCCGGGCGGUCGGCGUGCCCUGGGGAGCGCGCAGUGUCGUGGCGCUGCCUACUCUGGAUGUAGACGUCCUCAUGGAUCCGCAGCCCGGCUGGGCGUUCCUCUUCAACUUAACGCUGCCUGGCAGGCCGAAAACAUGGUGUUUCCUCCGCCUGACGCCCCGCCGUAACUUGCCUGCAGAAGCGCGCGAAAAGGCUGAAUCUUCCGACGUCCCGGCACUGCCGGAACCGGGCAAGUGGGAGGACCCGUCCAAGGACGAGAGGGACCCCGCUGCGCCGCCUACCCAGGAGUGGGAGAUGCACGACCUCCACGGAUUCGUGCGCAUCACGACUGCGGAGGGGCGCCCUGCACCGUCGGAGGAGGCCUUACGGGAGCUAGAAGAUUUGCUCAGAUGCAAACCGGAGGACGAGCCCCCGCUCCGCCCCAUGACCGUGCAGGAGUUAAACCAAUUCCUUGGGAGUCUCAUCAGGCAUAAGAGAUACCUGGUCUGA